AUGUCAUCAUCUCGUCGACCCUCCCACCAAACCCACCUCAAGGAGGCUAAAGACCUGGAAGAACAACUCUCCAGGAAGACACAAGAGGCAUUGCGUCAGAAGAAAGAUUAUGAAGCUGAACUUGCGAAGAAGGACGCUGAGAUCAAGACUCUGAAGGAAGAGAUCUUAGUGCUGCAGAUUGAAAAUGCGGUCCUGAGCGAGGCAAUCAAGGAGAUUGCCGAUGUUGUUAACCCUAAGCAAGAGGAGGAGUGA